AUGAAGUGUGCAGUGGCAAAUUGUGAUAGUGAAAACUAUAGGCAAGCGUGCGAUAUAAGCUUUUUUUCGUUUCCUACGGACGAAGCUCUCGCCAGAAAGUGGAUGCAGUUUUGCCGGCGAGGAAGUGCAUUAUUGAAUCCCAAAUCGAGCUACGUGUGCAUGAAGCACUUUUCUAGUGAAGAUAUAGAAAACAAUCGACAGUUCGAAAUGGGAUUUGCAAAAAAACGCCUUUUAAAGCGUGGUGCUGUGCCCAGCAUUUACCCAGAGGAUGGGGAAACCUCCCAGCGUGCCGAAAGUGUUCAGCGCGAGGAGUACAAACAAAUUGUCAGCGAGUUACUUCAGCAGAGUGAACCUGUCGCAGUCAAUGAAGCCGAGGCGAAUAACAGUGCCAACGUUGUUCCGAUUGACGAAAAUGUGGAGAAUAAGGAAAAUAGCCUAGUGGAUGCAAAUCUUUCCGAAAUCCCCGCGACUUCAACACCUCGCAAAGUCUUCUACUACGACAGCAGUUUGGAAGAAGUUGAGGAGCUGGAAGCUCAACUAAAAAGACUUAAGCGAGAAAACAAGACUCUGUUAAUGGAUAACAAAAAGAAGGACAUGGAACUGGCGGCACUCCAGCAAAAGUAG